GGGGACCUGAGCCUUUCGCCAGGGGGCAGUGGAGCGGCAGUCAGCGGAGGUCUUCUGGCCUCCGAGGGAGUGGGUCAGGCAGGCCCCGAGCUGUCCCCGCCACAGUAGUACUAUCCUGGUGAUACUGCACUAACGGAGUGGGCUCGGUUAGAUAUGGAGCGAGCGCACUGGGAGGUGGAGCGGGCCGAACUGCAGGCACGGAUAGCAUUUUUACAAGGAGAGAGAACAGGUCAAGAGAAUUUGAAGAAGGAUUUAGGAAGAAGAAUAAAGAAUAUGUUAGAGUGUGCAUUAAAACAAGAAAGUGCAAAAUACCACAAAUUAAAGUAUGGCACAGAACUCAACCAAGGUGACUUGAAAAUGCCAACCCUUGAAUCAGAAGAAACCAAAGACACAGAGGUUACCACAGCACCUCAGAAUAGCCAGUUAACGUGGAAGCAAGGCAGACAGCUGUUAAGACAGUAUCUUCAGGAAGUAGGUUACACAGAUACAAUAUUAGAUGUGCGGUCUCAGCGGGUAAGGUCAUUACUUGGACUGUCUAAUUCAGAACCAAAUGGAUCAGUAGAAACAAAGAAUUUAGAACAAAUUCUGAAUGGUGGUGAAUCUUCUAAGCAAAAAGGACAAGAAAUCAAAAGACCCUCUGGUGAUGUUCUUGAGACAUUUUAUUUCUUAGAAAAUGCUGAUGACAGUGAUGAAGAAGAGGAAAAUGACAUGAUUGAAGGCAUCCCAGAAGGAAAAGACAAACAUUGGGUGAAUAAACACAAAGCAGGUAAUGAAGGUUUAACUGCUGACCUAACUGAUGAUCUAGGUACUGAGGAAGCGCUGAAGGAAUUUGAUUUUUUAGUGACUACUGAAGAUGGUGAAGGAGCUGGAGAACCACGGAGUUCAGGGGAUGGCGCAGAAUGGGCUGAACCAAUAAUGUUUUCAUCUGGAGGAGGCAAGUCAUUUAUUAUGGGUUCUGAUGAUGUUUUGUUAAGUGUGCUGGGCCUUGGAGACCUUGCAGACUUGACAGUAACAAAUGAUGAGGACUAUAGUUAUGAUUUACCUGCCAAUAAAGAUGCCUUUCAAAAGACAUGGAACCCCAAGUAUACACCACAUAGCCAUUUUGAUGGAGUCUGAGCAUUAGCUUUUCAUCUGGUAGAACCUGUGCUGGUUACUUCCUCUGAGGACCAUACCCCGAAACUUUGAAGCUUGCAAAAAACAGUUCCUGCCAAAAAGAGUGCCUCUUUAGAUGUAGAGCCUAUCUACACAUUUAGGGCCCACAUUGGCCCUGUUCUGUCAUUAGCUGUUAGUUCUAAUGGAGAACAGUGUUUUAGUGGUGGUAUUGAUGGAACCAUUCAGUGGUGGAAUAUGCCUAGUCCUAAUGUGGAUCCUUAUGAUACAUAUGAGCCAAAUGUUCUAGCUGGCACAUUAGUUACUCAUUCAGAUGCAGUCUGGGGUCUUACCUAUAGUGGCAUAAAAAAUCAGUUACUGUCUUGUUCAGCAGAUGGCACUAUUAGGUUAUGGAAUCCACAAGAAAAAUUGCCGUGCAUUUGCACUUACAAUGGAGACAGAGAUCAUGGAAUAUCUAUAUCAGCUGACUUUAUAGGCUGUGAUGCAGCCCAUAUGGUGACCUCUUUCAACACUGGUAGUGCAGUAAUUUAUGAUUUAGAAACAUCACAGUCAUUAGUGAUGCUUUCAUCACAGGGAGAUUCAGGUUUACAAUCCACUAACCACAUUAACAGAGUAGUAAGUCAUCCCACACUUUCUGUUACAAUAACUGCUCACGAAGAUAGACACAUCAAAUUUUUUGACAAUAAAAUGGGUAAAAUGAUCCUUUCUAUGGUAGCUCAUUUGUAUGCUGUUACAAGUCUAGCAGUAGAUCCUAAUGAAACCUAUUUGAUGUCUGGAAGCCAUGACUGUUCAAUUAGAUUAUGGAAUUUAGACAGCAAGACAUUUGUACAAGAAAUAACAGCUCAUAGAAAGAAAUUGGAUGAAUCAAUUUAUGAUGUUGCUUUCCAUCAUCAAAAGGUACAAGAUCCCAGUAAUGAAUCAUAUAUUGCCAGUGCAGGAGCUGAUGCCCUUGCCAAAGUGUUUGUGUGA